AUGGCACCACCAUUAUACGUGAAAGGAGGUGUUUGGACCAAUGUUGAAGAUGAGAUCUUGAAAGCAGCUGUGCUGAAAUAUGGUCUUUAUCAAUGGGAGCGUAUAGCAUCCUUACUACCUAAGAAAUCAGCCAAACAAGUUAAGGCAAGAUGGGUUGAAUAUUUAUCACCAACCAUCAACAAAACUGAUUGGACACAAGAAGAAGAUGAAAAAUUGUUAAGCUUACAUAAGAUAUUCCCUAACCAAUGGAGAAGUAUAUCCAAUGCAAUGAAUAGAACUGCAGUGCAAUGUGUUGAAAGAUACCAGAAAUUGAUAGAUGAUGUUUCGGGAUAUCAGCGGAAAGAUGACGAAGAGAAUUUAGGGUUAUCUGGACCUGGUAUUGAAACAUUACCAGCAGUUGGCGGGUCUAGUGGACCUAUCAAAGCAGGGGAAAUUAAUUUCAAUCCAGAAAGUAAGCCCGCGAUGCCGGAUGAUGAAGAGUUGCCAGAUGAGGAACGUGAAAUGUUGGCUGAAGCUAAAGCAAGAUUGGGUAAUAUCCAAGGUAAGAAGGCAAAAAGAAAAGCUCGUGAAAGAAUGUUAGAGGAGAGUAAACGUAUAGCAUUAUUACAGAAAAGAAGAGAAAUGAAAGCCGCAGGUAUUAAUGUAAAGUUGACUACCAGGAAUAAAAAGAAAAGAAAAGAAUUUGAUUAUAAUGCUGAUAUAUAUCAGGAAAUUAAACCAAUUGAAGGUCCUUAUGAUAUUACUGAUGAGACGCGAGAUAAUCAAUUGGAGCAAUAUAAGUUUACUCGAGAAGUUUCAACUAAGGGAAUCAGCAUGAAAGAGAUAGACGACAGAAUAGCCAAAGAAGAGUCUAAACGAAGAAAGGAACGGGAAAAGAAAUUCACCAGCAAUAAGAGAGUUAUUGAAGCAGAAGAGGAAUUGGUAGAUCAACAAGAUAGUACUAAACGCAGAAAAUUAAAUUUAUCGAUUUCGGAUUUGCCAAAAGAACAAAAAAAGAGCCGUCCCGAAAUUGCUAAAUUAGUGAAGUCUUUAUUUGAAAAAUUGCCAGCUCCAAAACACCAACGAGGAAAGGUAUUGCCAACAUUUGCAAGUGAUGUAACGAAUGACAUCAGCCAUGAGAGAACUGAAGAAACAGACAGUAUUCAAAAUAUCUAUGACCAGGGCCUGGAGUUGUAUAAAUCAGAGGUUGUUCAAAGAUCAUUGCCAAUACCAAACCCUGCAAAUUUGAGAAAGCUUGAUGAAAUAGACUUGAUGGGUACCAUAGAGAAGGGUGUUGUCGAAGAAUGUUACAAGUUAAUCAAAUCUGAUUAUAAGAAAUAUGAGGAUGAUAUGUUCGAUGCUCCAAUUGUAAAACAACUAGAUCCAGAAUUGUACAAUAAAGUAAUCAAGGAGAUUGACCUAGAAUUAAAGAACAUUGAUAGAAAAGUUGGAGGAUCUAAUAGUGCCUAUGAACUACCGAAAAAUUUUGAAGUAGCAGAAUCUGCUAUCCAAACGUUGCAUACGCUUCACAAGAGAAAUGAAGUCUUGUCAAGUCAAAUGAUUUUUCCAUCUAAUUAUGAAGAUCAACGACAACAAAAGAUACAAGAAUUCCAAUCGUUGGUGAAAGAAUUAAGAGAUGUUGAUUUGGAAUUGACUAUUGAAAUGAAGAAAUCAGAGAUUGAAAACCAUGCAAUUGACAAAGAGAUGCAAAAUAUUGUUAAUAAAAUAGCUGAAUUGGAUAAACGAAUGACUGGGCUUUCAAGUUCAAGUACAAGUACAUAG